UGAAAGUAAUAUGUUACUGUGUUGUUUUGUCAUAAUCUAGGGUAGGGAACGAUAAAUUAUAAAUGUUUGCAACAAAAGGGGUCUCCCCUCCACCCUCUGGAAUUUGGAAUGGCUUAAUGUCUCUUCACUCCAAUGUUCACAUUUCCCAGUCCAGAACAAAUACUCGGUCUGUACACUCAAAGACAAUUCUGUCAUCGCUUUAACAUCAUGAUCCUAAACUUCAUAUACAACAUCCUUGAUUUUAAGAGCUGGAUGAUUUUGAUAUUUGUUUUAUUGAUUCUGUAUGAUGUUUUUAAAAAUAAGAAUCCAUCUAAUUUCCCCCCGGGACCCUGGUCUUUACCAUUUCUGGGAACUAUUUUUACUGAGAUGGAUUUUAAGACCAUGGAUAAGUUGAUUGACGUCUAUGGGAAUGUAUUCGGUUUGAGAGUGGGCAGUCAGAAACUGGUAGUCAUUUCUGGUUAUAAACUGGUAAAGGAGGCCCUGAUUGAACAUGAUGGCUUUGUUGACCGUCCAGCUGUUCCCAUAUUUCACAAAAUAAAUAAGGGAAUUGGCAUGACUAUGAGCAACGGAUAUCGGUGGCACAUGCAUAGGAAGUUUGCUCUCUUUCAUGUGAGGAACUUUGGAGAUGGAAAAAAAAACCUUGAGCUUAGGAUCCUGCAAGAGUGUGUUUACCUUUGUGAUGCCUUUAAGUCAGAAAAGGAACCAUUCAAUCCCCAGGUCACAUUAAACAGCGCUAUCUCAAAUAUCAUUGCCUGCUUGGUGUUUGGAAAACGCUUCGACUAUCAUGAUGACAAUUACCAAAACAUUCUCCGCCUUGACACUGAAUGUGUUCAGCUAGCUGGCUUAACUAGGACACAGUUGUACAAUGUGUGUCCUUGGCUUUUUGAAUACAUACCUGGCCCUCACCAAAAAUUGUUUGCCAACUAUAAGAAGAUCACAGAGUUUAUGAGUGGAGAGAUUAAAAAACACAGAGAGGACUGGGACCCUUUAAACCCUCGUGACUUUAUAGACAGCUACCUGGCAGAGAUGGAGAAGAGAAAGAGUGACCCUGAAGCUGGCUUUAAUAUGGAAAGUUUAGUGGUGUCUUGCCUUGACCUGGUUGAAGCUGGGACAGAGACGGCAACAACAACAUUACGCUGGGGUUUGCUCUUUAUGAUAAAGUUUCCAGAAAUACAGAUAAAGGUCCAAGAAGAGAUAGAUCGAGUCAUUGGCCAGAUUCGUCAACCCAGCUUGGCUGACAAGGUUAACAUGCCUUACACUAUAGCUGUUGUCAAUGAGAUACAGAGAUUUGGUAAUGCUGUGCCACAGGGAUUCCCGAAACUAGCUGCUAAAGACACUAUGAUAGGAAAAUACUUCAUUCCAAAGGGCACUGCCAUUACAACAAAUCUGUCUUCAGUUCUGAAUGAUCCAAAUGAAUGGGAAACACCCCAGACCUUUAACCCUCAACACUUUCUGAAUGAUAAAGGCCAGUUUCGAAAGAGAGAUGCCUUUAUACCAUUUUCAGCAGGUAAGAGAUCAUGUGUGGGAGAACAGCUGGCUCGUAUGGAGCUUUUUCUGUUCUUCACCUGCAUACUGCAGCGGUUUACCGUCUCUAAAUGUCCUGGAGAGGAGCCCACUUUGGAAGGAGAGAUAUGGUUCACAUACGCUCCUUCUCCCUUCCGCAUUUGUGUGACCUCACGUUAGACUUUUGCAUUAGGAAAAGCAUCUCUAAUAAAAAAGAUUAUUAAUAGUAAAAAGUCAAGAAAGGAACUUGAUGUAUGUAAUUCUAGGAGCGUUUAUUUGAUCAGCAAAUUUGUGUGUUUUGUGUAGCCUUAUUUUUAUUUUAUUUUUGGGGCCAAAUGGUUAGAGAGUCAGGCUUGUAACCCCAGAGUUUCCGGUUCGAGUCCUAUGGCCGACAUGUUGAGACUGAGUGAGGUGCCCUUAAGCAAGGCACCUGUCCCCCAUUGCUGUAGUGAAAACUGCCCACUCUCUGCUGUGUGUGUUUUAAAGACUUGCAGUGCAUGUGUUCAUUACUUACUGGAUGGGUUAAUGCUGAGGUCACAUUCCAAGUAUAGGUUACCAUAUCAUUAGGUCAUUAUGUCACUUUUACUUAAUUACUUUUUAUGUUUUUAUUUUUCAUUAAAUUAUGAAUUUGACUUAAUAAAAUAAUGCAACCACAAUAAAAUCCUCAUUACAUUCUAUAACACAGUCAACUGUAACUGUGACGAAAAGUGAGAUGAUGGAUCUGCAAAUAUGCAAAAUAAUAAUAAUAAUAAUAAAGCACAAAACUAACUUUGUUAUUAUUUGCUUGGUCAUAAACACAUUAGAAACCAAGUAAGUGAAUGUUUUAUAGUACAGUGUUUUUACAGUGGGUACAAUGGGACUCAUUCCUGAGCAACAGCUGAGGUAUUUAACAUGCUGGGGCCCCAGACCUCUGGGAUCUCUUUUUCACUGAAGCACUUGUUUACUUUGUGCAGAGACUGUACAGAAUCCUAAUAAGUAGUUUUUUGUUUGUUUCUUUCUUAGUUUCUUGUUUAUAAGAAAAUAUCAUUACAGACUGAUUCUUUGCCUACUUUUGUUUUAUUCAAUAAACACAUUUAUGAAUUGAAAACAAUGUAAUAAUUUCAUGCAAUGGUAAAUAAAUGUUCAGUUUCACCUAAAAAGUUAAUAAUCUGAAAGAUUUCAAGCAGGACUGCAGGAAUAACAGGAAGAGGCCAAUGCAAGGGUGCCUUUUACCCCUCAUCCAUUGACAAACUUAUUCAUACAUAACAAAGGGUCUUGUACUGUAGA